CACUUACGUAGUCCGUAUUUUUCGUCUGGAUGGAAGCUGACUAACCCGUUCAUGUGCGUGAUCAAGUCUACAAAUGGAUGGUGUUUGAUCGACAUGCUCAGUCCAGGAGGUGGUUAUAAACUGGAGUACAACAUGUUUUUCAACGAAGGUCGUUCAGGAAAAAAAUUUCCACAGGAGAUACAAACCGAACUCUACGUAACUAUAAUAAAACGGACUCAGAAGACGGACUCAUUUUUGGUCAGACUUCCAGUAACAGGAACAUACAAAUUUAGAGUACUAGGAGCUCAUGGAAAUACAACCUUUCGCCUAGUCGAAUUUCAGAUCGUCUAUGAUAAUGCAGCUCCAGACACACAGCCCUUGCCGUCCAGCCCAAAAAACGGGUUUGGCUUUGGUGAAGCAGCUGCUGAAGCUGGUUUGUCGGAGGCUUCUCACACGGAAGGGGUUGUGCCUGUCAAAAGUGGUGACGAAAUCAGCAUCCACUUCAAGGUUAAAGAUUAUGUGGACAUUUUGGCCAGACUGGUCCACUGCAUUCGGACACCAGAAGAGCUUCGGGACAACGUCAUCGUGGAGCGAGAAUACGAUAACGCGACGGUCACGGCGAGACUCCCGGCAGACGACCAGACACCGGAAUAUUCUCUUGAAAUCGAUACCAUAAAAAACAUAAAAGAAAAUGAUCAAUCUAAAAAAAAUUUGUUUAACUUUCCAGUUCUGAACUACUUGCUGACCAGCGACGAAACACUGAAUGCAGUAAUCACGGACAAAGACACAAAGAGAAAAUUACAGUUCUAUGAAGAUGCAUGGGUCUCUGUUGGCAAGGAUGACGCGGAGAUGUUAGGGAAAGUUGCCUCAAGGGACGAGAGGGCUGAUAUUAAAGACCCGAUACUAGACAAAAGAAUACGAGCCAAGGAAACGUGCUACAAACGUAUGACACAGGAAGUGCGUGUUUCUGCACAGGAAGGAAACAUGGAUGAGCUGAAUCGGAGCAUCAGAAACUGCAUGGCUGCAAACCUUCAGAACAAAAGAGAAAUUGAGAACGCCAAGAAAAUUCUAGUGACAUUGUGUCAGAAGGAAAUGGAGAAGGCCGUUAAAAGUAAUAACUUGGAGGAACUCCGUGCUUGCUUCAAGAAAAUAGACAACACCUGUGUCAGUAAAAUGGCUCAGGACCAGGCUUGGUUCGAGGCAUGCCAGGAAGAAAUGAAAAAGAUGGUGCAGUCCCUCAGGAAAAAAAAAGACGAGGUGACUGAGGGAAGACCUCCAGACCACGUCUGUGACGUCAUCGUUGCAGCCUUUAUUCUGAUUGGAGAAAGCGAGGAGGAACUUGACACGUGGCAGAAGGUCAAUGCAAAACUGAAAGAAACAAACGAAAAACAACUGAUAAAGAAUGUAAACAGUGUGGACAAGUCCUCGCUUACCCGAGAGCGGGUAGAUCUGGCAACACAGAAGCUGGAACGAGCUGUCGGGACGUUUGCCGAGUACAGGUCAAUAGAAACACUCAAGAAACAAUGCAUGGAGAAGAUCACCUUUUACCGAACUAAAGGAAGUCUCAAAAGGAGAAACUAACUCCGUACAGAAUGAAGAACAUGAACGAUGCAGACAGAGGCUGUGACUUGUCUCCCCUACUCAUGACCAAGUGUUAAAUGCUUUGGUAAGAGACUGACCCUUAAUCAAUUUUUCAGGAAGGAUUUUACAACUUAUUUCAGUGACUCUAUAUCUUACUGACAUUUCGUUUUGUUUAUCAACUCAAGCCUUCAAAAAAUUUUUUCUUUUAGCUUUUAUACCGACUAUGGCGCCAUCGUUGACUGUUUACAGCGAAUUGUUCAUGAGAAGAAAAAAGCUGACAUUUGUGCUGAUUAUAUUAUAUUUGUUUUGUGUCACCAUUUAGACAAAUUUCUCCACAUUACCUAUUUUUUACUUCUGAUCUCCUUGCCUCUGGGUAUUUAUCACAGAACAGGCUAAAGCUUCGCAGUUUUUUCAUUCGAGAAUGAUAUUAGUGGUGUUGUUGUUGUUUGGAAGAAUUUUACAACUUAUUUAGGUGACUUCAUUUGUUACCAACACUCGAUUUUGUUUAUCAGUAAGAGCCUGAAAGACUUUUGUCUUUUGUUUUUUAUACAGACUAUUACUCCACUUUUGACUGUUUACAGGUUUUAUUCAUGAAAAAAACUUACAUGUGUGUUUAUUCUAUUCUAUUCGUAUUACCAUUUAGACAAGUUAAAAUUCCUUGAUCCACAUAAUUAAAAUGUAUGUAAUCACUGUAUGUUUUAAGAACCAGUGUACUUUCUGUUUUCCCGCUGUUUCUUUGGUUUUACGGCAUUGCUACAUUAUCAGUAUAUUAUCAAUCUGUACCUAAUUUUAAUUUUUUUCGCUUGUUGCCUCUUAGAGACAUGUGUAAGAGACCUCAGAUUUAAUACAAAUAUUGAUGAUGAUGAUGAUGAUGAUGAUGAUAAAAAAUUAAACU